AUGACAGCUUCCACAGUCAGCCUUGGAGCAGUGCUGUCUCAGGGAGACCCUGGAGAGGAGCAUCCCGUUCUAUACCUGAGCCGUAAGUUGCUGCCACGUGAAACCAGGUACUCCACUGUAGAGAAGGAAGCCUUAGCUAUCAAGUGGGCCCUGGAGAAGCUACGAUAUUAUUUGCUUGGACAAGAGUUUGACCUGGAGACUGAUCACCGAGCACUCACAUGGAUCCAUUCCAUGAAGGAUCACAACAGUCACCUGACCCGGUGGUACCUGGAUGCCUAUCUCAAGACCUUCCUCACCUCAGCAGAACAACAUUUCAUGUUGGGGUUACCAGUAACUUAUUAUGUGUUUACAGAUUUACCAGAUAAAGUGCCAAAUAUCACACUUGCUUCUCAGCGAAACAUGAAGGUUAUCCAGGUGGAAAAGUACAACAGGUGGCAGGACAUCUCUAUGAUGCGAAUGAAGAUGAUAUCAGACGCAAUAGAGUCAGAGAUCCGCCACAGCUUUCCUUAUGUCUUCUGUUUUGAUGUGGAUCAGGAGUUUAAAGGGAGAUUUGGAUCUGAGGCUCUGGGUGAUUCUGUGGCAUUGCUCCAUGCCCACUAUUAUAAAUUGCCAAAGCACAGGUUUACCUAUGACAGAAACCCUAAAUCUAAAGCCUUCAUGGAGGAUGGAGAUUCCUACUACCAUGCUGCUAUCUUUGGAGGGUUGUGGCAAAAUGUAAAGCAUCUGGUAGAUUACUGUUAUCUGAGCAUCAUGGAGGAUAAAAUAAAUGAUGUGGAAGCUAAGUGGCAUGAUGAGAGCCAUCUAAACAAAUACUAUUGGAUUCAUAAACCAAGCAGGCUGCUCUCUCCAGAGUACUGCUGGGACCAGAGCAUUGGUGACAAAAGUGAUAUACUUGUCACCCGCCUAGUCUGGGCACCAAAGCAUUAUAACACACUUCGUACUGGGUAGAGUGGCCAGUAAAUCAAAAUUGGAAUCAUUUUGUGAGAAAAGUGCAAGCUU